GUGAAAUAUAUGAAUAAUCUAUUAUCAAAAGCUGUUGUUUGUGAUUAAAUAACAUUUUAUAAGUUUUAAGUGGGUUAUAUGCCAACUGUGACGGAUAAUAUAGGAAAGAAAGUUUAUCAAAACUCAAUGGCGUCGGAUCAAGACUCCUGUUCUGAUGAAGAGCCAGAUAGUGAGAUGCUGAGCGAUGACAUCUGUCUUCAAGACAGCGAUGACGACAGACAAACUUCGAGAAGUGUUCAGAGUUUGCCAGAAGAUCUGCCAACAUUAAAUUCCUGUAUUCUCCGACCACCUCGUAAGCUCUUCACCAAUUGUCGAGAGCGCUGGCGACAGCAGAACGUCAGCGGUGCUUUCGCUGAGCUUAGAAGGCUGGUGCCUACACAUCCACCGGAUAAAAAGCUGUCGAAAAAUGAGAUCUUACGAAUGGCAAUAAGAUAUAUAGGUCUUCUGAGUGAAGUACUUGAAUGGCAAAAGAACCACGGGCUGGUGAUAAAUAAAGAGAACUCCGGACUAGCCAUUAAAUGUGAAUCUCCUUUAAGUCCAACAUCGAGACGUCUCCGUCUCAAAAGACCGUACACGGACGAAGACAAACGACCAUAUGAAACAGAUUACAUAAGAUUUGGUAACGAAGAAAACGAGGAAGUAUACCGAAGAAACUUCCAGAGAAGUACACCAAAUAAUAAGACUGAUUUUUUCUUUGGGAAAGACCAUUUGAAGAUAUUGCGUAAUCAGUAUUACUUUCCUUCAAGAUGGCGACAAAUUCCUCUGAGAAAUUUAGCAGGAGAGCGCAAUGGAAAUAACUUGUUGAUGAUUGCUCCAGCAAAGGGUGACGAUAAAGAUGGAUCGUGUAAAGAUAAAGAUGAUGGCAAAGAUAAGUAAAGUAUUCUUGUAGUAAUAAAAUCAAGUCACACAGACUAAUAUCGUAAGCAGCUAAAAGACCAAAGACAGCUCGUAAUAUCACAAUACUAGUUAACUUGUUCUAAGCAUAUCUGAUUGUGACUUUUAUGUACAAAAUGGUACAGUUGACAGAAAACAUUAAUAGCUGAAGAUCGUAGGCUCAAUUUGCACAAGAAUAAUUGAGUUUCUACAUAUAUGCUUAGACUAGGAAUUAUUUAUAUUGAAGGAAACCAUUGAGAGGAUAUUAACUUGUGUCGUAUAAGUCGCUGACACGUGUGCUCCAGCUAAACGCAGCUUCUAAUCUUCUUCCGAGGACCGUCUAAGAAGGAGUGGACAGCGUUGGUUGUUAAAAAAAGAUUUUUCUAGUUCAUAGAAAAUUUGUCCGAAAUGAGUUCAUAAUCUUUUUCUCUAAACUAUGACUACUACUCUAGGCUCUAAUAAUAGCUCACAGUAGCAUGGGAAAGAGAUCCCGUGGCGCCCGCUGAGAGACAGAGAGGGUACCACUAGUUUUGUAAAUGGGUACUCCGGUGUAUUAGGGCGCGCUAGGCUUCCUGAACAUUGGCGAGUAUUACUUCUUGUGUUACGCGUAACGCGUUUAUCAAGCGAAUAAAAGAAGGCUAUAGUAAUAAUUUGUCUUAUCGAGGAUAAAACUCUUAGAUUUUUAUGUGUAGUAAUAUAUUUGUACCUGUAUUAUUUAUUGUUCAUGUA